GCUGUGCCGUGGAGUGCGGAGCGGCUUCCGGGCUUUGGCGCUGCCCUGGCCGUGUCUGUGAUCAGGAGUGGCACUUUUGAACAAUCGUGGCUUCUGCAUUUGGAAACCCUCAGAAUUUUGUUUGGUCAAACUCAAUAGCAAAGUUUACAUCACAAACUGAGGGUGGACGCCUGGGCCAGGCGGAGGGGCCGUGGACACGCUUUGAAGAAUGUUGACCAUCGCGCAUUUGCACGUGGAUCUCCUGACGGAAAUCCUGUCCUACGUCCCCGGCAGGGAGCUGGUGGUGAAGUGUCGCCUGGUUUGCCAGCAGUGGAGGGAGCUGGUGGAUGGAAUCCACGUUUGGAAACUCAAGUGCGUUCGGGAAGGAUACUUUAAAGAAUGUUGGGAGACCUACCCAGCAGACUGGAGUAAAUAUUACAUCCUUCGGCCCUUGUGUAGAAACUUACUCAAAAACCCGUGUGCAGAAGAAGGUUUUGCCGACUGGACCCUGGAGGCUAAUGGUGGAGAUGAGUGGGCAGUGGAGGAAAUGUCAGGGGAGCAUACAAAAUAUUUUCCGGAGAAAAAUGUGAAGAAGUAUUUUGUAACGUCUUACGAACGGUGUACGAAAUCUCAGAAAAUCGAUCUCCUGAAGAACGGGCUUUGGGAAAAUCUACUGGAUAUCGUCCAACCUAAAAUAGUAGUGAGUGACUGGUACGCAGCGAGGAGAGAUUGUGGCUGCACCUACCAGUUGAAAGUCCAGCUGCUGUGCAGGAAACACAAGGUGAUCGUGGAGCAUGGGUCGGAAUGUUUGACCAUCCCCCAGUGGAACGAGGCCAUAUGGAACCAGAUCACCCACGUUUUCACCAAUUAUGGGCCCGGUGUCCGAUAUGUUAAGUUUAUUCACGAAGGACAGGACACCCAGUUCUGGGCCGGUUGGUAUGGGAUCAGAGUCACAAACAGCAGCGUGACCGUGGAACCUUGAGCAACCAUUGUACCAAAGGCUUAACCCCCCCCCCACCCCAUCCCCCCUCUCCAAACGGGCAGCAAUCCCACUCGGCUCUGGUUUUACGUUGCAUUUUGGAGCAUCCAGAGUUCGGAAGUUGUUCAAUUCAGUGUUUACUGUGAAGCCGUUUUCUCCCGACACUGUUACACACGAGCAAAAACGGCUUCAACUUUAAAGUCGCGUUUAAGGAAUUCCAAAACGCCGACUCAGGUGGCGGACAGGAAAAGAGAAAGGAGAUUCUCUUCUGCACCGUGUCCUAGCCAAGAAUCCCCCAGAUAAAAUCGACCAUUCACUUCCCGGCUGUUUGUGGGACGUCGCUGUGCUUGCGUAAACCGGCUGCUGCGUUGGCCUACGAAAUAGAAAAUAGGAAAAAAGGCACUUUACACAAAAAAUUCCUGUUAAGCCCUUUGAGAAAUUUGGUCACUGAAUCCACAAUUGUUUGUGGGACACUGCCGUGAGUAAUUGGUUGUCACGUAAUCGCCCACAAAACAUAUUGUAAAGUCAAUCCACUUUCCAAUAUAUUCUGUGAAGCGCUUUGAGACGUCUCGAUGACGUGAUAAAACACUAAAUCAAAUGCAAGAAUUACUAUUAUCAUUGAGAUAUCUUGAGACUGGGAUAAGGGAAUGCAAGGAUUCUGGAUGCUCUCAAACCCUAAGAAAAUAAAGCGAAUCUAAAGCCAGUGGGGGAUUGGCGGGAUUUCUCCCCAAAUAUAUCUGUUUUGCCCCAAGAGUUACGCAGGCUUGAGAUGUUUCUUAACAGAUGUGCUAACCAUCGAAACGGUUACAAAACAUGGCACUGUCAGCCCGUGACUCUUCCAUGAGGGGCAGUACAAGAAGACUUGGGAGGCAUUUGGACUCAAUAGCACAUCUGUUAAGAAAUAUUGCAUUUUGUUCUUUCUUUGCACGUCACCUUGCUCAGCUAUGCCAAUUGGGAGCACCCAUGAGCUCACAAAUUGCAGUAACAAGCUUCCUUCUUCAGCUCUGACCAGAAAUAUGUGGAAUGAUGCUUCUUGAGCAAGUUCAUCAGCCUUUACAUUGUGUUUAUAUUAUUAAAGACUUGACUUUUUCAACAAUAA